AACAGUGGCCUUGUCAACGCGGAUGUUCAUUACCGCUCACUUUUCCUCCUUUACUGUGAAACUUGGAAUACACACAAAUGUGAUCCAGUCGGAUAUAAGAUCAUUGAGACAACUGGUGACCUUGACCUCCAUUAACCGACAUGGGUAAAUGUGUAUCGAGGAACGAGGAUAUACCCAAGCUGCCCCCCUCGGUCAACCAGUUGAAUGCCGGCACCAUAGACCGGACCGCACGGCCCAGUUCAAGUUCCAACGAUGGCACUCUUUCCUCCAAAAAGCGGAGCCUGCCACCAGUGCCUGCAGCUCAGCAGGGAAUCAAAUUCCUUGCUAUGUACGAUUUUGAUGCGGUGAAUGAUGAUGACCUCUCCUUCAGAAAGGGAGACCGUCUGUUGGUCGAAGAGGGCAGUCAACAGAACAGUGACUGGUGGAUAGCAACCAAUGCCAAAACACGGAAGAAGGGAUACGUCCCCAGAAACUAUGUGUGCAAGGAUGACGAGUCUCCCCAGGCACAAGACUGGUGGUAUAAUUGUGACCGCAAAGAGGCCGACAAGAUGCUGCUGCUUCCUGGCAACAAAGUUGGCACUUUUCUCGUCAGAGAGUCUACAGACAAGUCCUCCCACGUGUUGUCGGUACGAGACAGUGUCCCCAGUGUUAAACACUACCGUAUGCGGAAGUUGGAUAGCGGGGGCGUCUACAUCAACACAAAACGAACGUUUACCGGUGUAAUUGAUCUUAUAGACCACUAUAGAAUUAAUCCAGAUGGGCUGUGUGCAGUGCUAACAGAUGCGUGUCCUAGGACUCGACCGCUUGUACACUUCCGGGACCUAGAAGUUGCCCGAAAUGCGGUCAAGAUGGCCGCCAAACUUGGUGCUGGGUGUUUCGGCGAAGUAUGGAAGGGCGUACUCCGGAAUGUGAUCGACGUAGCCGUGAAGACCCUAAAACCAGGCACCAUGACCGCGGAAGCCUUCUUGGCAGAGGCGAAGAUCAUGCACCAGCUGCGUCACAAGAAGCUGGUCCAGCUGAUAGCUGUCUGUACAGAUGAGGAGCCCAUCCUCAUCAUGACAGAGCUGAUGGCAAACGGCGCCCUACUGGACUACAUGAGGAAGGAUGAGGGCCAGCUGAUCCGCUUCCCCACCAUCAUUGACAUGGCAUCACAGAUUGCAGACGGCAUGGCGUUCUUGGAGAAAGAGAACUUUGUCCAUAGAGAUCUCCGUGCUGCUAACAUCCUCGUCGGGGAAAACAAUGAAGUCAAGGUUGCCGACUUCGGUCUCGCGAGAAUUCUCCAGGAUGAGGAUAUAUAUGAAGCCACAGAGAAUACGAAAUUCCCCAUCAAGUGGACAGCUCCUGAGGCAGCUCUGGAAAGGAAGUUCUCCAUCAAGUCCGACGUCUGGUCAUUCGGCGUUCUCCUGUACGAGCUGGUUACCUUCGGGAGAGUUCCCUACCCUGGUAUGGGUGGUUCGGAGGUGCUCCACAAGGUGGACAAAGGCUACCGGAUGCCCAAACCCUCGGGGCCUAUCAACUGCGACGACUCUUACUAUGAGGUCAUGCUGACCUGUUGGCACCGGAAGCCCGACGAUCGUCCAACUUUCGCCUAUCUGCAUGACGUGUUUGACGACUUCAUGGUGUCAACUGAAAACAGCUACAACGAGACAGGUGCUAUGUGAUGACGUCAGUCACCCAACAGACACAACUGACUGAAAUACUCAAAAUAAUUUGUUUAGGGAGACAACAUACAUUGAAAUCUUCCAUGACAAUCAGCACAAUCACAUCCAUUGAUUGAUGUUUUAAGGUUUAGUUACGUUUGACCCAUUACACCGUUUGUACUGGUACUGAUGUCUGUAUCUCAUCCAUGUUUUGUGAAAUAACGAUUAGGUAGAGAACAAAAGCUGAAACGCUGUAACACCGGGUAUAACAUUUCUGCCUCGUCAAAUUACGUCAUCUCAGCAAUCCGUGGAGACUAGAUAUCAGUCUUCUUUGUCUGGUCUAAGAGAUAAUUACUGAUCGGCUGGCUAUGCUUAAUGGUUAAGGCGUUCGCUAUGCUUAGUGACUUGGUUGAUUUUCUUCCAUCGUAACUCGAUGGUGUGGAACGUUGCUUGAAAUAUUUUCCAUAGAUGUUCUGGAAACGAAUCAAGACUAUACUACCAACAAGACUAUACUACACUCGAGAUUGUUCCCUAGAGUUCUAGAUCUGUCAUCGCCAUUAGCUACGGUCAAAUGAAAACAUUGCAUCUUUCGGGCCUUUGAUACUUCCUACGGUCACAGAGUACGUGUCUUGGAUGUCAUAUCCUGUUAGAUCUACCAAAGGCCAUGUGGCCAAAAAUGUUACCUAAAACAUUCUAUUCAUCCGUACAUUCACCGUGUGUCUAUUUGUUUUCUUCUGUUUUCUGAUAUACUACGAAACUAACUAUUGAGUCCACUUAGCUUAGCUUCCUUGUGGUUCAAGAAACCAAACACAUGAUGCUUUGUUUUGUUGUUGUUGAUUUUUUCAAUUAUAAGGUAUGUUCUGUUCAAGUUUACUGUCACUGAGAUAUUAUAUUUAAUAAAAUGCGUGAUAAUUA